AUGAAAUCCGCAAAGAAAAGAAAAUUGGAAUCCCGAAAUCCUUUAAAGAAAAAGCCCCCGAAUCGAUUCAUACUUUACCGCACUUAUCAUCUUAAAAAUAAUCCACGUUUCAACAAUCCGAAAGCUCCCAUGGAUAUGAGAACUUUAUCGAGAUUGAUAUCUUCUCAAUGGGAGAAUGAACCCCAGCAUGUUAAAAGCUACUGGGACAAUAUCGCUGCGAAAGAAAGAUUGAAAGAAACGUGCAUUAAUAAUGAUUAUCAUGAUAAAAUUGAUAUGUCCAUUAACGAAUUCAGAUCAACCACUUUUAUUAAUUCUACUAUCAAUACGUUAACAAAUGUGGGUGAUCGUUACUAUUCACAUUCCCUUGAGAAUCGCUCUAUAUCAGCGAUUUCUAAUUGUUCCGACGAUCCUUUCUUGACGACGAAUAAUUCUGACGAAUUCAAAUCAUUUCGAGAAAAUUCCAUGACUCCAGUUUCUUCCAUAGAGACUCUUUCUGACGUUUAUUUACCGCUACCACCUUUAUUUGAAUAA